UUUAAAGUAGCUGCAGAGUUUUAAUAUGUCACCUUUCAAUCAACGAAUCACUUGCAAUAUGUCCAGAUGGAGAGUGAAGAAGCAAAUGUUUUGGAUGAAGAGGAUGCAGACCAGGCCGCCAGCUGAUCAGAACAACAAAUGAGACGCAUAAGACCAAAACCUGCAUUCAAAGCAGCUAAAAAGACUGGUAGGCUAAUGCUGGUUUAGUCAUACACUAGCACAUUGUCUUUGCGCCUGUAAAUGUGAAGAAACAUGGAAUCAGCUUCUAAAUCAUUAAAUGUCGAUGAUCAAGAGGAGCUUGAGGAGUCUGAUAGAGAUGAGACCUCGGCCACUCUGCCCCCAUCUCCCUGUAGCUCCAUGGACUGUUCCUUCAUCUUCUCAAACCUUCAGGUUAAACCCUCCUCCUCCUCCUCCUCCUCCGGCUCUUCUAGCUCUGUCCCUUCGCUCUCUCCUCCUUUGCCUCCCUCAGUGGACAUCACUGAUGUGAUGAGUGAAACCAGGCUGAUCCUGGAUGUAUACAGAGGGGGGGCAGCAGCACUACCCCUGCUGUGGGGUUCUGUCCCACAUCAACUUAAAGGCCUCCAAUACCUGAGACUGGGCUCUGAGGAGAAGUCAGGAACACAGGCUGCACUGGAAGUUCUACCAUAUCUGACAGAACUGCGAUCACUGGCCAUCAGAGGCCACCGUUUUUAUGAUGCUCAGGGUGACCCACUGCCAGGCCUGCUCACUACUUUACCUGAAUCCAUGUCCACUCUCUCUUUUCUCAUACACCUGGAUCUCUCCUUCAACCAGCUCUCCUCUCUGCCAUCUUGCCUUCUCCAACUCUCUGCACUAUCGUCUUUGGUGCUUUGCCACAACAGACUCUCUGCUUUGCCCCCUGACAUGGACCAGCUGUCUUCGCUCACCUUCCUCUCUCUCAUGGGGAACCAGCUGGUCUCCCUGCCACAAAGUCUGGGUCAGCUAAAAGCACUGCAGACACUGGAUGUUUCAUAUAACCUUCUGCAGCAACUACCUGAUGAAACUGGGUCUCUAGAGAGCCUGGUCAAGCUUGAGUUAUCACAUAACAAACUAAAGGAGCUACCAGAGACUAUAGGCUUGCUGCUUUCCCUCAGGGAGCUUGUCAUCAAUAGCAAUGAACUGCGUGUGAUUCCACAGUCUCUGAGCAAACUGCCUCAGCUUAAAAUAGAUAGCAAGAAUAAUCCAUUGGGACGACCUUUAACACCUCCUGCCCUCCCUCCUUCACCUGAACAUAAAGAACCAAAACUCAAAGAGCUACAUCUUGGUUAUAAUCAGCACAGCUUCUUUGUUCCAUCUGCUGGAUGUCAUGUAUUUCUCCCUGGGGGAGCAGAGUUGCUUUUUCCCCCGGGGUGCCUACACACAACUACAAGAUUAGAGUGGGUAUGGAAGAGGCCAGAAAGAAAAUGGGUUCAUCUUGAAGAUCAUGAAAUCCUACUUAGUCGACCACUGGAACUAAGACCCCAUGGGAUUGCUUUUUUAAAGCCUGUUGAAGUGUGUGUGCCAUAUCACCGUUCCAGGAGAAAAGAGAUUGUGGUUAGAAAGUUUGAUGGGCAGUCCUGGAGCAUUCUGACCACUGUUUUAAAGAGGGGAAGUCCAAACAACAGCUGCCACCCUGGUGGACGCCUCGCUCGCUUGGCUUGUUGCUCCGUUCAGCAGUUCUCCUGGUUCAUGGUAGUGUCUCGUCUAGUUAAGGACACUUGCUCUGUAACACCGGCUGGAACACUGCUAGUGUCUACCUCAGAUCCUGCUAUUAAGAUCACGUUUCCUCAGCACUCCACUUUGGAAAUACGUACCAUAACAUUACAGGUGCUGCCCACUUCCUCCUCCGAAGUACAGACUCUUUGUGGUGAUCCUCAGGCAACUGUCAGCCCUCUGCUCUGUCUCUCCCAGACCCCCAACAAAAACUUUCUUCAACCUGUAAAAGUUCAAAUCCCUCUACCAACUGGAGUUACUGGUCAUACUGUUGAUCGAUCCUGCUUGCAUCUGCUCCAUGGAGACCCCACUGCCCAAACCUGGACUGAUAUCACUUCUCAAGUGUAUUUGGAAAUCACUCAUCUUUAUGCCAUAUUCUACAUCACACACUUCUCCUGGUACUGGCUUUGGUACACCACUCAGCAAUGUGUUAGUGGAGUCGUCAGAAAAGUUUAUCAGCGACUUAAACAGUUUAAAGUCCAGUUUCUUGUAAUGCAGAAAAAAACAGACCCACCCCAAGUGCUCCUACAGUGUUUGCCUGCAGAUAAGGUGGACAGCACAGUUCAGGCUUUGUUGCCGCAGUAUGAUGGACCACAUCCUUCUGAUCUGUGUGACCUGCUGGAGGGGGAGCAGUUUUUUGCAGGCUUUGAAAGAGGCUUAGACAUCAGUACAGACAGUCCAGAUUGUGUAGAAGGAAGACUCCGUUUUGUGUUUUACUCUAGUCUAAAAAACCUGAAAGAGGUGUACAUCGCUCCUGCAGCAGGACAGACUGUACCAGUGAGGGGGCAGGUUUCUUUCUACAGAGGGCAUAUUCCAGAGAAUCUGCCAGAAGAAGUGGCGAGGAAAAGGAAAGGCCUGGACAGUCAAUGGCUGGCCACUUUGCCACUAAGACUUCCAGCUCUAAACUCUGAAAAUAAUUACAUGACCGAAGAGCCUCAAUAUCCCCCUCUAAACCUGGGUGACCCUGAGAGUGGAUACCUGACUGAGAGCAACCUCCUAAAUAUCUCUCUUCGUAUCGGUAAAGACUGGCAAAGAAUUGGUAUAAAUCUUGGCCUGACCAAAGAAGAGCUGGAACAAAUUCAGUAUAAAAACAAAGAUAAUUUGAAUGGCUUGGUGCUGGACAUGUUGUUUUGCUGGGCCAGAAGACAGAAGGUUGCAGGCUCUGGGUCUGUGUCAAAGCUUGUGGCAGCAAUGAUGACGAGUGGUAGAACUGACCUGGCAGAGGAAAUCGAGGACAUUGUCAGCAUUGGGAAGAAAAAGUACUCGGAGUCAUUGAGGAGAGUGGGUUUGGAGGCAGGGAGCCCCUCUCUCAGUGAAGCACAGCAGUAGCACAGCACAUGCUGAGUGCAGAUGGCUCUCUUACACAUCACUGACUUGUUUUUUCAUCAUAACCCCACCAUCUCAUCCUGCUGUCUAAACAUCUCACCUGCUGUCUCACACAAGAAAACAUGUACUUUUCCAAUCUUUGUUUGCCAACUAUUAAGUGCCAAUGACUUCAAAUGACCAGUGAUAGUAACAUAAUAACUACAAUGUGGAUACAUUGUGUAAUGACUCUAAUACGUUCAAGCUAUUAUGUUACUAUCGCUGGAGACAAUUCUUGGAAGUCUUUUGAGUCUUCUUUUCUCGUUGGCCAAUGGGUUCCGCAUCAAAUUGUAGGAAUUUUUUUUUUUUUUUUUUUUUAACAUAGCUUUGACAGAGCAAUACCUUUUAAUAAGACUUGGGAUUUUUUUUUUGUUUGAAUCACAAUGCAGUGUGAUUGUACUGAGGUUAUAGUGGCAGGACUAGUUAAGUUUCCAGUAUAAAUUAUUGUUAUUAAUACCUUUUAUCUUUUGGGCCAAUUCAGCAGGUGGUCUGAGGUGGUGUUUGGAAACUUUGUAUUAUUUUGUAUAUGCGUUUUUACACUUAGUACUCCUCUUGACAAUCCCUGUGGCUGGAGGAAUCAUGAAAGAAAUAUGAAUAUUUGCAUUGUCUUGUUUUACUUAUGUGUAUUGAGGAUCACUCUGUGAGACAUCUACAUUUGUUAUAGACUUCAUUU